GCCGUCGCCGCCGCCACAGCAGCCGCCGCCGCCGCCGCCGCAGCCGCCGCAGCAGCAGCAGCCGCCGCCCCAGGCCCCCCCCAUGGAGCCCGAGGCCCCGGAUUCCCGCAAGAGGCCCCUCGAAACGCCCCCCGAGGUGGUCUGCACCAAGCGCAGCAACACGGGAGAGGAAGGCGAAUACUUCCUGAAGGUGCUGAUCCCCAGCUACGCAGCAGGCUCCAUCAUUGGCAAGGGCGGGCAGACCAUCGUACAGCUGCAGAAGGAGACAGGAGCUACCAUCAAGCUCUCUAAGUCCAAAGACUUCUAUCCGGGAACCACAGAGCGAGUAUGCCUGGUACAGGGCACAGCAGAGGCCUUGAAUGCUGUGCACAGCUUUAUUGCUGAGAAGGUCCGAGAAAUCCCACAAGCAAUGACCAAGCCUGAGGUGGUCAACAUCCUUCAACCCCAAACCACGAUGAACCCCGACAGAGCCAAGCAGGCCAAGCUGAUCGUCCCCAACAGCACCGCGGGCCUGAUCAUCGGCAAGGGGGGCGCGACAGUGAAAGCCGUGAUGGAACAGUCGGGUGCCUGGGUGCAGCUGUCCCAGAAGCCAGAGGGCAUCAACCUUCAGGAGCGCGUGGUGACAGUCAGCGGCGAACCGGAGCAGGUGCACAAGGCCGUGAGCGCCAUCGUGCAGAAGGUACAGGAAGACCCCCAGAGCAGCAGCUGCCUCAACAUCAGCUACGCCAACGUGGCUGGCCCCGUGGCCAACUCCAACCCCACCGGCUCACCGUACGCCAGCCCCGCUGAUGUGCUGCCCGCCGCCGCCGCCGCCUCGGCCGCCGCCGCCUCCGGCCUGCUGGGCCCCGCGGGGCUGGCGGGCGUGGGCGCCUUUCCGGCCGCCCUGCCCGCCUUCUCAGGCACCGACCUGCUGGCCAUCAGCACGGCGCUAAACACGCUGGCCAGUUACGGCUACAACACCAACUCCCUCGGCCUGGGCCUCAACUCGGCCGCAGCCUCCGGGGUCCUGGCCGCCGUGGCCGCCGGUGCCAACCCCGCCGCCGCCGCCGCGGCCAACCUCCUGGCGUCCUACGCGGGGGAGGCCGGGGCCGGGCCGGCCGGAGGGGCCGCCCCGCCUCCACCCCCGCCCCCCGGAGCCCUGGGGUCCUUCGCCUUGGCCGCAGCCGCCAACGGCUACCUCGGGGCCGGGGCGGGCGGCGGGGCGGGCGGCGGGGGCGGCCCGCUGGUGGCCGCCGCAGCUGCGGCAGGGGCCGCCGGGGGCUUCCUGACGGCCGAGAAGUUGGCGGCCGAGAGUGCCAAGGAGCUGGUGGAGAUUGCGGUGCCUGAGAACCUGGUGGGGGCCAUCCUGGGCAAAGGGGGCAAGACGUUGGUGGAGUACCAGGAGCUGACGGGCGCCCGCAUCCAGAUCUCCAAGAAGGGAGAGUUCCUGCCAGGCACGCGGAACCGGCGGGUCACCAUCACGGGCAGCCCUGCGGCCACGCAAGCCGCUCAAUACCUCAUCAGCCAGCGGGUCACCUACGAGCAGGGAGUGAGGGCCUCAAACCCCCAGAAAGUGGGAUGAGGCCUGUGGUGUCUGCUCCCACCCUCCUUCCUGUCCCUUCUCCUCCUCUUCCUUCUCCUCCCCCUCCCCCACACCCCCAACUCCUGACCUCAGCUCGGUGUAGUCCUGCUCCUCGUGGGAUGGGGCUGGGGUAGGCCUGACUGCACCCCCCCUUCUGGUAGUCAUAGGCAGGAUUGAGUGCUGGCUGGGGAUGGGGCCCAGAAGCUCCCUCCCCAGCCCUGAACUGACCCCUCCUUCCCUCCCUAUGCUUGACUGGGCCGGACCCUCCUCUCCCAGGGCCCAGGUCUGUGUGAUAUCUGUAUAUAUUGCAUUUUGUUGAUUUUAAUAGAAAACAAAGAGUUAUUUUCUCUUUCU